UUCCAUUGCUUUGCUUUGAUUCUUAACAGUUACAGACAAGUCGUUGCUCUUCUUUCAACCCCAUAUAACCUUAAAUUGGUAUAAGUACAAGUGUAUGCCCACUUGAAAAAAUCUGAACACAAAGAAAGAAGGAAAGAUUGUGACACUUGUACUCUGUUUUUGUUUACUGUAUUGUUAGAUCAUGGCGCUUAGAGCAAUGGGUCAUUGGAAAUCCAUGGCUAAGGGACUGAGAGGACUAGCUACCUCAACCCCACCAAAGAUGAAGGCUUAUGCCAACCCAGCCGAGCUCAGUGGUGACUACAAGCAAGCAUCGAAGCCUGUACCAGCAGGGCCAAAAGGGGACUUUGUGCCGGUUUACGUGGCGGUGGGGAUGAUUGGGGUGGCCUUGAUGAUCGGGCUACACACGGCCAAGCAACAACUGAUGCAUAGUCCGAACGUGUUCGUGAAAAAGAAGCGUCGAGAGAGUUUGCCGGAGGUGGCGGAGCCGGAGUACGUGAUGGAAUGCGCUGACAGGUUCUUGCACAAGUCGUUUUUUAGGAGAGUGGCGCAUGUUCAAGACCCCCAAGCGAAUUACUCCAUUAAAGAUGGUACUAGGGGAGAUGCUUAUGCUCACACUCCACGUGCUGAGACUCUCAAGUCUGUUGGAGUUUGAUUAAUGCCGCUUUGGGAUUUUGGGCUUUCAUUUUCUUUUUCAGUAAUAAUGUAUGUAUGUACAUAUUUGUUUCUAUCUUGGUUAUAUGUUGGAUUUGUGGGAUAGUUUGUUGAAUUCUCCCAAAACCCAUUUGCUGUUAUGAUUUUAGAAUACCAUGGUGGUGGUGGUUGUGGUUGACCAAGCCCAGGUGGGUGAUUGCGAACCAAUGUUGAUCAUGAGGGUUGAUGAGCGAUUGAAUAAUAAACGACCAAAAGAAAUUUUUUGAUUUUUA